AUGGGGCCGCCUCCGCCUCCGGUGCCCGCACCCGUCUCACGCAUUGAGUCGGGCAAACGUGAAGAUCCCGUGAAGCGAGAACUCAGGACGGUGUCGCUGCCGCGCGAGUGUUUGCCACGGUUCUUGGCAAUCGCAUCCAUCAACACCUCGAAGAACAAGGAGACGUGUGGAUUGCUCUUGGGGAAGGACAAGGGUCAGAAGUAUGUCGUGACGACACUCUUGAUCCCGAAGCAGCAUUCGACCAGUGAUACGUGUACGAUGGACGAGGAAGAGUUGGUGCUGCAGUUUACGGAGGAGCGGGGGCUGAUCACGCUUGGAUGGAUACACACGCACCCGUCACAGUCGUGCUUCAUGUCCUCCGUGGACCUACAUACACAUUCCGGUUUUCAGCGCAUGUUACCCGAAUCAUUCGCCGUUGUUUGUGCCCCAAAGUUCACCCCCAGUUUUGGGAUCUUUCGUUUGACCGAUCCCCCCGGUCUGCAAACGAUCCUUGAUUGUACUGCCAAAGAAGCGUUCCAUCCGCACCCUGAUGUACCUAUUUAUACGGACGCUGACAAGGGUCACGUCGUCAUGAAGGACAAUCCGUUAGAGAUCGUCGACUUGCGCUGA